CAAAAACCCCACCGCCCACAUCCUUUUCCACCGCAUUCCUUAAACCCUUCUCUUCAUUCUCGACACCUCCUCUUCUUCCUCCAUUGCUCGCCUUCCAAACCACAAGCAACAAUCUCCGAAACCUCUGUCGGUGUUUGUUUGUAUUUGUAGCUGUACGUUCUCUCGUGAAAGUUGAGCUCCACAAUGUGUGGCGGAGCUGUCAUCGCUAACUUCAUACCUCGCUCCAGGGGUCGCCGUGUGGCCUCUGACAUCUGGCCCGACUCCCUCUUCCUCAAGUCCACCGACAACCUCGACGAAUCGCUCUCCCAGAAACACCCCCACCCCCCGCCACUCCAGGUACUGCUUCUCCGUGGUGCGCGCGAAGAGAAGGCCCCGAAGAAGCCGAGGAAGAAUCUGUACCGGGGGAUCCGGCAGCGCCCGUGGGGCAAGUGGGCGGCGGAGAUCCGCGACCCGAGGAAGGGCGUCCGCGUCUGGCUCGGGACGUUCAACACCGCCGAGGAGGCCGCGAGGGCUUACGACCGAGAGGCGCGUAAGAUCCGCGGCAAGAAGGCCAAGGUCAACUUCCCCAACGAAGAAGACGCCUUCUCCACCAUCCCGGCUCACCAGACCCAGCACACCCUAGUCCCCACUUACCCUCCUCUGUAUCAAGCCAAUUGGAACAACAACAACAAUGGACCGGCCAAAGCUCUGGACUUGGCCUUCGCUUACGACCUGAACCAGGCAGGGGAUUUUCCCCCGAAUGGCUUCACCCCAAUCCACGCCGUCGACGCCGAGCCCGUGGCCAUAUCCAGCGUAGAGAACUCCUGGUCGGGUUCGGAGGAGACGCACGCAUCGUCGACGGCCGCGCCGGGCGCCAAUUUCGGCGGCGAAGCGAAGGUGAAGGAGGAGGAGGAGGGGAAGAAAGAGAAGGAAGAGGAAAACGAGGUGCAGAAACUGUCGGAGGAGCUCAUGGCGUUCGAGAGCUACAUGAAGUUCUACCAGAUUCCCUACCUGGACGGCGAGUCGGCUGCCGCGCCGCCGAAUCCCGCUCAGGAGAGCGUCGUCGGGGAGCUCUGGAGCUUCGACGACGACGAAGACAACGGUGCUGGCGUAACCGCUGUGACUUCGGCAGCUCUUUAACUGCGUCGUUUCGGGGGUCUCUCAGAUUAAUUUUCUCGUUUUGCCUUUCAAUGCCGCUUUUCUUUUUCUUACGUUUAUGGAUCCGGGUGUAAUUUUGGGGGCUGUAUGUGUUGAUCGGAUGGGAUUGAUUAUCGUGGAGGUUGAUUCGGGAACUCGUCUGUUGUAAACAUUUUAACCUUUUACCUUGUAAUAAAAUUCUUGUUAUUGUCCAGCA